AUGUCUCUGUGGACGCCCUAUGCGGAACAGGCGCUAGACUUGAGCAGGCGCAGCUUGCUUGGUUUACGAGCCAACACGCCAGAGUUCAGCUUCCAGGGCUCGAUAUCACCCUCACCGGAAGAAGGUUCGCUGUAUGACGAACUCUGCGUGCCGACUUCACAAAUAUCCCCCGAUUCUACUGGAAGCUGGAGCUACAAGCACACAGACCGCUCGCCGCGACAUUCCGACUUCGAUACCGAGUCUCUGUCCGAUGAUGUGGAGUACCAGGCCUUCGAACGAGACGCUCUGCAAGCAAUGGUCGAAAAGAACGGCGGCAGUCUGCUAGGUAACAACCCUCGAAUGCGGCGUGCGGUACAAGCCACGCAGGGAACCGAUGUUUCGUACCGAAAGCAGCGGGAGAGAAACAAUUUUGCUGCGAAACAGAGCAGAGAUCGAAGGAAGUUGAGAGAAGUUCGGUUGGCAUUUCAAGUGACGUUCCUAAAGAAGAAACUCACAGAGUUGCGAGCGCGUCUGGGAAUGAGUGUGUGCGUCAGAUGCUCACCGCGGCGUGUGUGUUAG